AUGUCAACGUGUUCUGAGGGCCGUUUGGCUUUGGAGAACGGUCAAAAAGAGAUAAACAUCAUGGUUUCCCAUCAAUUGGCGUUGAUUCGAGCAAGGGAACAAGAGCUAUUGCAACAACUUGAUCAGAUCACAUCGAUGAAAGAAACGAUUCUCAAUCAACAACAGGAAAUGAUCAAUCAAAAUAUCGGAGCUUGCCAGCUGAGUUUAGACACAGUACGCCAACGAGGAGAUGAGGGAAAUGAGGGGAAAAAUUCGGAAUUUAGACUCGGCACGGUCGAUUUGAGUCCCCGAGAGAACUCGUACGUCGCACUUGAGGCGGAUUUUAUGAAAAUGAGACUCUUUCUGACGGAAUUCGGCAAACUCGUGACAACGAAUGAAGCUGAAAGACCUGGAGAGUCACUCCCACACGAGCUCGAGGAGUACGAUGAUGCGGUGCCAAUGGUUCACAAAUCGGUGAUGCGUCUCUCGGGGAGUCAAUCGGUGCCCUCACAAUUGAAGAGCCAGGCGGGGAAUAUUCCGGCAAGUCAUACGAUUCACAACUGGCUCGCGAAAAUGCCGUCCGGUCAAAAUGUUCUUGAGACGGACAUGGACGCGUUGAUGAAAGAGUAUGAAGAAGUGACGACUCGCGCUCGUGAUCGCCUUGACUCAUUCAAUGCCUCAACAAUCACCUCUUCGUUUGAGGUGUUGAAUGGCAAUGGAAAACACAGUCGUAGUGCAAAUGAUUCACCGAUUCCUGUGGUUUCGGAUGCGAUGAAAGAGAAUCUCGGUCGCCCAAUGAAUCAGUGGCUUUUGCAAAAGGAAAGAAAAUCGCCAGAGAAAUCGGAAAGCAUGAAGCGAAAAGUGAUCCUUGAAGAACACCCAAACAAUAAAGUUUCCCCUUACGAGUUCGAAAUGGUGAUCAAUGAGGUGAAAGCAUCGGACAACUCGAAAUGGUUGCUGAGAGACGCCGCUUCACAGACGGAAUCAACUCUGAGACAGACUUCCUCCUCAGCCUCUUUGUCAACGUCGGCUGAGACUCUGUUGCCUAAUGUACCCUCAAAUACACCGUAUGAUGCCAGUGGCUACUCCACCCCGUGUACAUCAACCUCAGCUCCCCUUCCGGUUCCAUUCGGUCUCGUUUUCCCAAAAUUCUUCUCUCGACUCGAUUCGACUGUAGAAUUGGCGAAACAGAUGAAGAAAUGUGUCUUUGAAGCUGAGACUCCAUCUGGCUUCGACGAAGAGCGCUUUUUGCAGAAUAUUCGCGAGAUUUUGCUUACUCCACCGGAAUUCACCGUUGCAACACCGAAAUUUGAGAUCAAAACGCAAACCCCACAGAAUUCGCCCAGCGACGACUCGGACAUGCGCUCGAUCGAUGGAUGGAAGAAAAUCUUGGACCAAAACCAUCAGGCAAUGGACACAACUUGGCUGGCUGGUGGCUCAAAUUGUCAA